AAGUCGUUCCCCAGGUGAGGAACGACGCGAUCGUUGGUCAGGGUGCGAUCGCCUUGCAGAUGCAGCGUCCCGGUGCCUCGCAGUUUUUAGGGAACUCGCUAUCUUUUUUCCCUUCAAACUUCCAUCGCCACGUUCCCUAGACUAUGGAGCACCCUGAGGACCGACUGCCGUCGUCACGGGUCCAGGAAUUCCUGAGGGAGAAACGAUGAUCGGCCAGUUCACCGGGUCCGAGUACUCUGAGGCCCGUCACGCGUACGGCGUGAAACGCUCGAGGUCUCUCUCCAUGGUCCGCGCUCCGGCAUUGGAUAGGUGGGGACUUCGCCGCCAGAGCUCACAACUCACACGACAGUCUUACUGUAAGCAUCGUACGUUAACUUGCGAGUCGCAAAGUAUUUUCUUACGCAUUUAAUAACCUUCGAAUCUACUUCACUCUAAGAUCAGCAAUGGCAGACAAAGUAGCUUCACCCGUGGCAACAGCUGCACCAGCAAGUCCUGCUGUUCAAGCUGUCACAACUAAGAAGGGAGCAGCGUCCAAAGUCGCUGCCAAACCUCGAGUAAAACCGUCUCAUCCUCGUACCGCAGAAAUGGUCAACGCCGCUAUCGCCACAUUGAAGGAACGUGGCGGAUCCUCCCUCCAAGCGAUCAAGAAAUACGUAACAGCUACGUAUAAAAUUGACGCCGACAAACAGGCGCCGUUCAUCAAGAAAUAUUUGAAGGCAGCAGUGACCAGCGGAGCUUUGGUUCAGACCAAGGGCAAGGGAGCUUCUGGAUCAUUCAAGAUCGGAAAUGCCAAGAUCGAAGUGCCGAAGCCAAAGGUUAAAGCUCCAGUACCAAAACCAGCUGCACCCAAGAAGAAGGCCGCACCAGCAGCUACCGCUGUUGCGCCCAAGAAAGUCCCCGCUGCCAAGAAAGUGGCUGCGGCUAAGAAAACUGGCUCUGCUAGCACCGUCGCCACCAAGGAAAAACGCAAGGUAGCUAGAUCUCCUGCAGCCAAACCACCCAAGGUUAAGAAUCCGUCGAAGACUAAGAAAGUCGCUAAAGCACCCACUAGCAAGCCUAAAGCACCUAAACCUAAGAAGGUCGCAGCAGCAGCACCCAAAGCUGCCAAAGCAUCACCCAAGAAAGUUGCUUCACCGAAGAAGAAGUAAACGGCAACAACAACUCAUGCAAAAAACGGCCCUUAUCAGGGCCAUCAAUUUUAUUCAUGCAUAACGAAUCCGAACUCGCAACAAAGAAAUUGCUCCUCAGUCCUUUCUCAACCCAUAUUUAUGUUGUCAAAAUUUUGAUAAUUCCGAUUUCUUAAUUGAGCAAUCGAGAAAUCGCGAUUGAACUGAUAGGACAUAGUCCGCGUAUAGUAGAUAAUCUUAUUCACAUCAUCCUGACUACUUAUUUCUUGUUACGGAUUAAUCUUUGUUUCGUAGCAGUAAAAACAUUUUUUCAUGUCAUCAAA